CAAAAGGUCAACUAUUCUCUCCCCUGCGUCCACGACUCUUCCCUAAUCAUUCACAGAAGAUCGACUUCUGCUAAAACCCUUCUGUCAAUUUUUCUCUCUCCCAAAAAUGGCCAAGCCCCGUGAAACCGCAAAACCUGAUCCAACAGUAGAAUCCGAAGAAGAGGAAGAAUCCGGCGAGGAAGAAGAGGAAGGCUCGUCGGAGGAAUCAGAAUCCCAACCCGAAAACGAACCUUCCGAGAAAAAGACCGCCUCCACUCCCGCUCCGGCUACCAAGAAGCCCGAAUCCGCAACACCGAAAACCCAACCGACAUCUGCCGCUGCUGCAGCCUCUUCAUCUGACGAAUCUGAAGAUGAGGAGUCCGGAUCCGAUACCGACUCCGACACCGAAACCCCUUCCGAGAAACCCGACCCGAGUAUCAAACCCAUUGCUUCAAAACCCAUGGAUGGCCCGCAGAAAACUACAACUACUGCAAAAAAGCCCAGAUCCAAGCCCAACGCGCUGGGUCCGGCUUCCCCGGCGAAGUCAACCACCGGCGCCGGAGCAAAACGGACGGCGUCGGCAGCGGGAAGUGAUGAGGGGAAGGAUGCAAAGAGGUCGAAGAAAAAACCCGAAGCGGAGGCUGAAAGUUCGGAGAGAAAAGGGAAUUCUAAUGAUGAUUCGAGGAGGUUGUUUCAAAGGCUGUGGAGCGAGGAUGAUGAGAUUGCUAUCCUCAAGGGAAUGCUCGAUUAUUCGGCCAAGAAAAAGGCUGACCCGAUUAAUGAUUUGAAUGCUUUCCUUGAAUUUAUUAAGAAAAAUAUCCAUACCGAUGUUAGCAAGACUCAGUUGCAGGAUAAGAUCAGGAGGCUGAAGAAGAAGUAUGAAAACAAUGCUGAAAGAGAGAAGAAGGGUAAUAAAGAACUCACCUUUUCGAAGCCCCACGAGCAAAAAGCUUAUGAAUUUUCGAAAAAGGUGUGGGGCAAAGAGAAGAAUGGUGAUGGGGAGGAGAAUGUUGAGAGUACUAAGGCUAAUGGGACUGCAGUGAGGAAGAGCCGGAGUAGAAGCGCAGUGGUGGGUAUGACGCCUAAAGUUGAUGAGGUGGAGGAGAAGCUGAAGGAAGUGAAGGAUUUGGUGGGUGAGAAGAAUGUGGUGGAGGGGUUGAAGAAUGAGAGUUUUGGUCCUACUGACAGUUUGAGGAUUGAGGAGUGGGUUCUUAAGAAUGGGGCACAUUUGAUUAAGGAUGCAAAGAAGAGAGCUGAAUUGGAGGAGAAGUGGAGGGAGUUGAAAGUCAAGGAGAUUGAGUUGUUGGCUAGGAGAUCAGAGUUGAUGGCUGAGCAGAGUAACCUGGUCUUGGAGGGCUUGAAAUGAUCGGGGGGUUGAUAUUGAGUUGUUGGAAGAAUGCUGAAAAGGUUAGUUGUAUUAGUGGGGUUUGGUGAUGAUUAAUGUAGUGGCAAAAGGCAGCACAGCAUUAUGGUGUUGAAUAUAUCUUUAGUACUUUUAUGGUUUUAGGUUCGGUAAUUAGCAAAUUAUGGUUUCCUGUACUUUGCCAUUUUUAGGUUAUAUUUUGAAUGUUAAUGAUUUUGAAACUGGGAUGAUUUGGAUGUUUCAGUAUUUAUGUGCUGAAUUAGGAUGUUUGCUUUUUCGUAUUUUGUUUAGUGUUGCAGUUGGAUUCCUAUGGUAAUUGACUUUAAAUGUGAUGUUAA